UUUUGGUAGAAAUCUACCAGCAGCAAUCUGAAGACUACCUCCAGUUUCAGAGAGAGAGUGAACGAAGUUUCGAUAGUUGUGAGAAGUUUUGCCGAUUGGAGAAUGAGUAGCGCAGUGGAUGCAGUAGGGAAUCCGAUCCCAACAUCGGCGGUGCUGAUGUCGGCGUCGAAGCACAUUGACAUAAGAUGCCGGAGCGAGAACGUAGCAUAUCUUAAGUGCAAAAAAGACGAUCCUAACCCUGAGAAAUGCCUUCACAAAGGCCAACAAGUCACUCGCUGUGUCCUUAGCCUGUAAGUGACAAAUUCAUAUCCAAA